AUGAAAAUUUUACGAGCUAGAAGCAAGAAAACCGCCAAUCAAUUUUUCUAUACGCUUAAAGAAGCUAGAGAACUAGCGUCUCUAGAAAACUGCUUUGAAAUCAUCAGAGAUUAUGGCAAGUUUAAUUUAAAGGGAUUCAUGACAUCAUCAAACACUUUUUUCCAGAAGCUUCAGCCAGAGAAAUGCCAGUUUCGAUUUAAAUGCCAUUGUAGCAAUCUUAAACUGAAUACUAAGCUCCCGAAGUGUGGCAAUUGCCAACACGUGCACAAGCCAAUCACCCAGUACGAAGACUUACAGAAUCUUGCGUGCGUCCUCAUCCUUGUCGAGAAAGGGCGCAUGGGUGACACAUUUCCCGAAAGCUUUGAUUGCCUGGACCUCCGCCUAAGCUACGAUGAAGGUUCUUCGAUAAUUCUUUCCACUGUCAUCCAAGAACUGGGAAGAAUGUGCCGUUACGCAAAGCUAUCUGCUGAUGGAUCCUUUGUUCAAAACAUUCCGUAUGCGUUGGUUGGACCACAGUUGUUUAAAAAACUUAAAGGGUCCUUGGAAUUUUCCCCCGCAGUAAACGCCAUUUCUUGUACCAGAGCCGAUAGCUACAUGAAGAACAGCAAAGGCAAACGCAAGAAUUCCACUUCGUUUCGUUGGUUGGACUACGAAGCUGAUAAGGACAGCUAUGAUUACCAAAACAAGGACAAAGAAAACAACAAGCACCUUAACAGAAUCCUUCUUCAGGCUGAACCCCAAAUCGGAAAAACUGGAACCUAUCUGUGCCUAAUAAAACAGCUAAGACAGGCCAUUCUUGGAAAGGAAAACGUAUCUUCAACCACGUCUGGUUCAUUCGAUGAGGGGAAUUUUUAUCUGGUCAAGGAAAUCUUUGCUUCUGAAGGCCACCCUGUGAUGGGUGAAAACAACGAAGCAGAAGACUGGAAUUUUCCCUACUGGAAGACAAUCCAGGAAUCUCCGAGCCUUCUCCAAAAGCCUAUAGCACCUGGAAAGUACUCAGUUGGAGGGCUUGUAUACACUCAUGACAUGGGCAAAAACCCUUUUAUUCUUAUGAAACGUGAAGGAUUAUCACAGUUAGCGAAGUCCGUUUAUCAUCGCCAGGUUGACAAAUGUCCAACUGGUGCAUUGCGAGCUUGGCAUUGGUACCACUUUGAAACUGCGCUGAGGUGUGGGAGGUUCCUCGAAGGCAAAGAACCAGUGAUAGAAACUGUUAUGGUGAACAUGGAUGGUAUGCCGGUGACUGUAAAGUGUUCGGUACCAGCAAGCCGCCGUCCCUACAAGUCCCUGUUGGAAAAGCUUAUAAAUAGCACAUCAGUAAGAGAGGGUUGGACCGAAGACAGCCUUGCUUCAGCAAUAAGCAGUGUCCGUUCUCCGUUGUAUUGGAUCUUUCAUCCCUCCCAUAGAGAUGAUCCACGUAAAUGCCUGUUGAAUUACCACCACGCGCUGCAGAAUGAAAACAAGGAGAUAACCUAUUUUCAAGUCGCUGUUGUUCGAAGCGAAAAGUUUCAAGAUUACGUUUCCACCUGGGGUAAGAUGCUCGUCAUUUUCCAGUUGCCAGAUCAACUACCUAUGGAAGGUGAAGAUAAAGAUGUUGGACCAAGUGAAGGAGGGAUUGGAUACGCCAGGCGGUUUAUCCAGAAAAUGGCAUCUGCCCUGAAGCUGGAGUACGUUUUUAUGCUCGAUGACAAUGUAGCUGUAAUGUCAGAAGCACUGCUCAGCUCUGGGGAACCGGCGACUUGUAACGAUACAGUCAUUAGAAAUGACGACGGUGUCAUUCGGAUGGAACCCUGCUCUUUCUGGAGGCCACUAAAUUAUCUCCAGAAGAUAGUGCGUGGAAAGGAUAAACCACCCGAUGUCAGAAAGCAGUAUGAGGCACAUCCGUUAACCGAAGAGUUUGAUCGUGAUUUCCCGCUGUACAGAUACACAGGACCUGCCAAGCUGUUCGGAGACAAGCUUCAUGAGAGUUAUGGCGUUUUGGGUUUUCUCAGAAGUGUUCCAAACGCAGUGAGGCCAUUCGCUAAGACCCAAGUGUACGCUGCAAUUUUGCUGAACGUCAAAAGCACUGUUGAGAAGAGAGUGUUGUACCGGCCAUGGCCUUGCUGGGAAGACUUACGUUUUAACGAUGACUGUGACAAAAAAGGUUUGUGGGUGGUAAAAUGCAACCGUUUCCGCUUUCACAAAGUGCAGUACAGUGACUGGAUUAACAGCCUUGUCCUUCCAAGUAUAUUCCAAUGGACAGCAGAUACUAAAGCAGAGAAGCAACUUCCUGAAAGCAUGCUGCCAAUCGAUUUCGAAGAGGGCAUUAUCCUUGAGCACCUUCGUAACCUAGUGAGCGUGAAGGGUAAUGAAAAAUGUUUCAAGGGGGAGAUUGGAUAUAGUGACUCACAGGAUAGCGACUCUGAUGUUUCUCCAGUGCGAUUGGUAGAACAGGUUAGAAUAAGCAAGCUCGUGGCCAUGCCGGUUCCGGUCCUUAUUCUUGCUUACUCUGUUCUCGAACAAGAAAUGGAAGACCUAUCAAAGCUGGAGAAGCUAUAUUGUCUUGUCCAAGAGAAGAUAGUUUUCAUCGUCAGUGCCAAAGAAGCAGAAGAAGAAUGGAGACAAAACAUGACACUUGACUACCUAGAUAGGGGAAUUUCAAAAACCAAGCCUAUGAGAAACAGAAAGGCUAACUUUGCCCUAUUUUCAGCAGCGGACCCUAGUCGACACCGUUUGCGGUGGAUGGUGAUUGAGGCAUCGUUCAAGGAUGAAUACAAGAGCAUAUCAGAUGCUAAUACAACUCAAGGAAUCAUAGAUGGAGGAGUUAAUGAGCUUGCGUCCUCAGACGAAUCAAAAUCCAGUUUUACUGAAAAGAGAGGUAGCAAGAGAUCAGUGGAAGUGAUCGUCGAUGGAGCAAAUGAAAACACAUGGCAAACAAGCCCGUCGGGAAAGGAAGACGUGGAAGAGAUGGUUGUUGAUCCAAACGCAAGUGCUAAUCAGCUGGAGUCUGAGCAACACACAGGAAUUUUGUGUCCGCCCAGCACACCACGUAACAGUAAAAGGGUUACCCCCAGUAGUACACCUGUAUCCAGUAAAAAGAGGAAGAUCGAAGACUACUAUCCAAACAGUACCUCUAAAAAUACCGAGAGUCCUGAAAUGAAAAAAACUGUCACAACGUCUCUGACUCACAGUGCCAAGGCAGAGGAAAAGGAGUGUUGUUCAGCAGUGCGUCUAGGUCAGUCGCCAACCAAUGAAGAUUCUAGAGGGGUGGAAUCAGUGAUUGAGCCAUCUAAGCCACAAGAAGAAGUUUUAUCAGCUACACGUACUCCUUCUCAUUCUGUUAAAAGGAAGGCGCCCAAAGGAGCGCGUCAACAGGAUGCGGAACUUGACGUCCCUUCUACAAGCAAACGAACCAAAAGUCAGGUUACAGGGCUCACUCCAGAAGACGAGGGAUACAUUCGAGGUACAAGCGAAGUUACACAAUCGAUAGUUGAGCUUUGGAGGGAAAAAAUGAGGCAGAAAAAAGAUUUGGAUCGCGAAAGAGUUGCAGAUAAACUGAAGAACUUCAAAACUGAAGUUUUAGAAAGACUUGAUGAUGAAGGCUUCUCAGCUUUAACUAAAGCUUGCUCACUUCCUUCCAUGAGUCCACGAAUUGUAAGCUAUCUUCUUAACAAAAAAAUGGUGGACGUCAAUUCUCAGCUACCUGAGAGGUUCACAACGGGCGACAGGGAGGACGCAAAGUUAAUCCCUCUAAUGUCGGCCCUGUCUGUGGCUUUACUAAGAGGGAAUGUGAGAUGUGUUUCCACCUUCCUGAGGAGGAAAGGCGAUAUUAAAUUCGAUAGUAGAGAUCAGAAAGGUAACACAGCUUUACAUUAUUGUCUGUCGACUCAAGACGCAUUCAAAGACCUCUGGCCAAAUUAUGAGAAGAUGAACUGGCGUGAUAUGAAAAAUGACGAAGGAAAGAACCCCUGCGAUGAUGCUAAAGAGAAGUAUGAGAAGUCCAGUCGUACGAUAGUAACGAAGAGAAAGAAAGUUACCACAAACAAAACUCGAGAGGCUCUUGAAUUCGCCAUCAGCAGAAUGGACCCAGAAUGGUUGAAAAAUAAGUAUGUUCUUUUUUUUUCUUAAAUUACAGGAGAAAUGCUUAGCUAGAUAUACAGACUGAACCCCACCCGUAUGACACAAAUACAAAGAUUACUAAGGCAUCUACAGGUUAAACCGGUAAGGCCUGUUUCAAACGUCGCGUUAGUGCCUUGUCGAGCUCAAUUGAUUAAAUUUAACCUAAGCGCGUUUUAAACGAUGUAGUCUUACUAUACCUUUGUACAUCACGACAGCACAACUUUUCUUUUUCUGAAACGUUAAGCCGUACCAACUCAAUUCAUAAGUUAUAAAUACGUUGGUGCAUGGAGGACAUUUGAUGUGUUGGCGAAACUUCUUUUUGUGUUCUGGGCAACAUUGGUGUUUUAUUCGACUGAAUAAAUUUCAUAAAUAGGUUGGUUAUGAUAGUCCGGGUGAACGUAGUCCUGAAUGACUAUUGUUGACAGUGACUGACGUAUCGACAACCUGUGCGGUAGUCAUCUUCAGAGUCAAAGUGAGUUGUAUCACGUCAGUUGAUGGUAUUAAACUCUGGUUAUUGAUCUGAUUGAUCAAUUAAGUCGCGAUGUUAUUGGUCGUCAGUCAGUUAAGCCGUAAUGUUGAAUUCGACGUCUAAAAUCAAGUCGUGCGUCAGUCGAGCCAGCUUAAAACACAGCGGUAGCACGAAGUUUGAGAAGGCUUGAAAUGGCGUCCGUCACAAAGCGCCUGUUAUCUCCCUAUGUUGGAUUUAUUAUUUGAUACGAACACAAUUUGAGCCGAAAUUUUUUUACAGUAUCUGUAUACCGUAUUUAUUUUAAGAGCGCCACAUCAUGUUUAAUUCCGAGAUGCGUUGGUGACUAAACGAUUAAACUAGCUCUACUCUAUUACUGCCUUCCUAUGCUAUUACUCUCGCAUUUGAGAAGAGAGAGAAAACGAAAUAAUUAUAACUGAGUAAUUCUUUAUGGGCAAUUACAAAUUAUAUAAUAGCUAAGAUAGUACGUGUGGUCUGAUUGGCCGAGAAGUAUGUUUGCAUGAUACUAUGGAAAAAUAGCCUAUUCCAGGCUCCGAGGUAGUCGGGUCAGGAGGGACGAAUGAGAAAGCGCGAACGUGCAACUAAAUGUAAAAAUAGUUGUUGCGUCACCAACCACGUCAGUUUGAAAAAACGUUAUGAGCUAAAAAAUCGGCGAGUUUAUACUUAUAUUACCCAUUCUUCGAGAUUUAAAGCUUGAACAAUUUUUUCAAGCACACUCUAUGAAGGUUUUUUUUAGUUCAAGCUGACAUUUUAAGAGAGAAAAAUCUAUGUAUUUAAUGAUUUCUUUUUGCAAAACAAGAGAUGAUCACAUAUACGACGUGUACAACACUUUGCGAGUAGUAAGAAUUUCUCUUUUAGUUAGCUACAAAUUAGUAACAAAGGGUUUAACGCCUUUUUCUCGGGAAGGUAAGUCUGAGGGGUAACUUUUUGCUGUCUUUCUAUAUCCGGAUAAAAACACUCGAAGAAUUGUGAGAGUUCACGAAAGUCAUGCAAAGCUUCGAUUUUAUCCGCCUCGGGUUUGCGUAACUGUCUUAGCGAAAGAAAUAACAAGUUGACGGCCUAUUUCUAAAUUGUGAAGUAAAAACACCGCUUAUGCGAGUUUUGCAAUGUUAUUUCACUCAGGCAAACUGCAGAACCUGUUGAAGCGGCCACUUCCUCCACUGCCUAGCUUCAUUUGUCGGUACCUUCAUCGCAGCCUUGGUUUGUUGCUGUGACAGAUUUUCCUGUACUCCACCUGGAUGUAGACAAGUUGGGCCCCGUUUACAUGGGGAAAGGUUGUCCUGGUAAAAAGAGUCACCCUCUCAGCGGAGUCAACUUUAGCGAACGUUUAUAUGACAAAAACGCUGAUCCCUUUGCCCGAGCCAACAGCGUUCAUACAUGCUCUGAUUCCCUCGCCUCGACAGAGUCGAUCCGGCUGAGCGAGCCUAAGUGUUUACAUUAAGAAAUGUUGGCCCGGCUAUGUUGAACCUUUAUCAAGAAUUCUAGCCGAAUCAUGUUUGUUUGUCAUGUAAACGGUUUAUCACCUUUAUUAAGGAAAUGAAGGAAAAGUCUCGCCCAGGGUAGCUCGGAUAAGUAAGGGACCCGGCUUCUACCCGGAACAAGUUUUCUCCUUAUAAACGGGACCUUAGUUAUCCUCACAUACCCUGCGAGCAGAGGUUUCCGGGGCUUGCACGGCUUUUAGCGCUUAGGAAGUCGUUCGCGUGGCUUGUCUGUCGCCUAGUUGGUUUGUUUACUCCCCGUAUUGACUUCGUAAACGCUAAAAGCCAUACAAGAGAGAAACCUCUGCUCGCAGGGUAAUCACAACACUGUGAGGGGUAAAUGUCAGGGAAGUUAAAGACCUAUGACGGUGAUAUAGUAUUGGGUACUUAAAGGAAACCUCCCUCAUUAUUUUCAAAACAAUCGUGAUGAUCUUGAACUGUCAAAAUUUAAAUUCGUUUUAUUUACAAAUUAAAGGAAGAAUGGGG